GCUGUGCUGUACUUCAAUUCCAUAGUGUACUGGUUAUCACGCCUGCUUACACACAGAAGGUCCUGGGUUUGAGCCCCAGAGGAAUGACAUAUUUGCGCCUCCUGUUGGCCAGCCUGUGGCAGCAGAUCUGCUGUGGACACCACAAUUUCUCCAGUGUGGUAUUAAUAAAGUUUUUUUUUUUUUUAACAAAUGGCCAAAAACAAAUAUCUCUUUACCCUGCUUUCACCUGAUAAAUGCUGAGACUGAUAGAAGUGAUGGAUGAAUUAAUGAAUAAAGAAAGACAAAGCUUUUUUUUACAUAAGAGCAUCAUCAAAGAUUGAUUUAAAUAUAUAUUUUUUGUAGUUGUCUUUUAAGGCAAGUUCAUUUAAUAACAACUAUCCCUUUAAGAAGUCAUAAGGAGUGCCACUGCAUGUAAACAGGGUGACCGGUCAAACAUGCUUUGUGUGUUCUCAGCAGUGCAGGGAAGAAGACCAGCAGCCAUGGCAUCGGCUUCUUACACAGAAGAACUAACUUGUUCCAUUUGCCUGAUGAUAUUCACUGAUCCAGUUAUCCUCACAUGUGGCCACUCUUUCUGCAGGAAAUGCAUCGAAGGCUCCCUGACUACACAGCGUAAGUGUCCACAGUGUCGGACAGAAGUUCCUGAAGACGGGACAGGUCUGCUGACCAGUCUAAUUUUGAAAAAUCUUUCUGAAAAAGAAGCAGUGAGACUGCAAAAAGACGAAGAAGUUGACUUUCAGCUGUGUCCUGAACAUGAGGAAAAGCUGAAACUCUUCUGCGUCACAGAUCAGCAGCUGGCUUGUAUCAUAUGCAGAGACGGAGACAAACAUGAUGGUCACAAGUUUAAGCCAAUCAAAGAAGCGGCUGCUCUCGUCAGAGAGGAGGCUGAGGCGUUUGGUAAGCAGGUCUCUCAUGACGUUGCCGCGGCAGAGGCGCUGUUCAACACACAGCGUGAAGUAAUAACAAAGGCCGAGGAGAAGUCACAGCAGCUGAUGACAAAGAUCACUGCACAGUUCCAGGAGAUGCACAAGUUUCUGAGAAAGAGAGAACGAGAGCUCACGAGUGUUCUCAAACAGAGGGAGGAGGACGCUGUCCAGAAAAUGACCAAAGCAUCAACCGCUCUCGAAACAGCUUUGACAGAGCGCAAGAAGCAAGAGCAGAAAGUGACAUCUCUUCUGAAGAUCACCGACCCCGAGAAGUUCUUGAGGUGCUGCAAAGAGAACGGCGGUGUGAUGUCUUCUAAAAAUGCGUCCAGGUCCAGAGCUCAGGACCUCUCAGUAGUCCACAUCUGCCCCUCGCUGGGGCCGUAUGAAAAUCAACUUCAGUUUUAUGUGUGGAAGGAGAUGCUUCAGAUCAUUCAGCCCCACGAAGAACUGCAGCCAAUCAAAAGUGACAAUGGCAAGAAUGGCAACACACCUGUGCGUAACUAAGGGAGGACUUUGAUGGAAUAACAAACUAUCCAAGUCAUAAGUGCACACCUUGUUCCAGCUGUCAGAAUAGAUAUGGACGAUCCUUUAUCUCAAAUGGUUGUAGUAAAAACACCUCAUAAUGUGCUAAUGUAUGGAGCAUCAAUGAUUUCACCUGACAGCAGCAUUACUGGGAAAUACAGGGAAGUGGGAUUACUGAAAGUCUUUUUCUUUUCUUUAAAUACAAGUUCAAUAAGCGAGAAGAUCGUAACCCACGGAGAGUGUGUCAGCUGUGAGGUCUCUUGAGAUGCUGCCUCGCUUCCAAGGCAGAGAAGCUUGUGGUCACUCACUUACCCAGACCUCUAACCAAUACAAAUGUCCAUCUAUUGGAGAUUUAGAAAAGCAAGAGGAAACACAAAUCUAGAUCAAGCAUGGGCAAACUACGGCCCGGGGCCCACAUUUGACCUGUUUUUUUAAUUUUUAGUUUUUUUUAACCUGGCUUUUUAAUCCAAUGAACUUGUCCAUAUUAUAUUAAUAAAUUAAGCUGUCAUGAGAAUUCUGUCG